GAGCAGCGGUGGCGCAAGCCGCGCGGAGCCGCGCAGCCCGGGUCCGCUCCCUGCUCCGCCGCUGCCACCCGCCCCAGGCAGCAGAGCCGGCGCCCCAGCGGCCCCCGGAACACCUCAAAGCGAACGAAGGAGUCCAUGUUGGGGAACUUGGCGGCGGCGUGACGGGGACCUAGGGACUUGCAGUGGGGCCGCCGCCGCCGCCGGAGCCAGCGCCUCGAUCUCAGUCGGAGAAAAGUUUGAUGGAAAACCGAUUACCUGACUGCUCGACCUGAAGCAUCUUAAGGGAGACCCUUUUUCAAGGAGAAAUGAAGAAGAAAACUCUAUAUACCCUAAAUGUGGGAGAUCAGGACUAUGAAGAUACGGAAGGUGAAGAAAACAAAGAUAAUACUGCUACCAUUGGUCUGUUGUACAGUGAAGCUGAUAGAUGUCCAAUAUGUCUCAGUUGCCUGUUAGAGAAGGAAAUUGGUUUUCCAGAAAGCUGUAAUCAUGUCUUCUGCUUGACCUGUAUUCUUAAAUGGGCAGAGACACUGGCUUCAUGUCCUAUUGACCGGAAACCUUUUCAGGCGGUGUUUAAAUUCAGUGCAUUGGAAGGUUGUGUUAAGGUUCACAUAAAAAGACAGUUGAGAGAAACAAAUGACAAGAAAAUUGAAAGCUCUUUUAAGAAACAGCUGUCCUGUCAGGAAAAUUCUAAAAGCUGUAUGAGAAAAAAAGUCAAAAGAGAAGAUCAAUUAAGUGCAAAACUUUAUGACUUGAAGAUGAUAUACAGAAACUCUAAACACAGUGAAAUGGGAGGAAAAGAAAAUGCAAUAAUAAAGACAAAUAAGCCUCAAAGAUCAAAUCCGUGUACAAAUCAGUGCUUCAGAAAUUUUUUCUCCAAUAUCUUCUCUUCUAGUAGUCACACUGGGGAAUCUGCUUUUACCAGUACAGCUUACUGUACAGAAUUUAUAGAAGUCAAUGAAAUCAGUGCGUUGAUUAGGCAGAAGAGACAGGAACUGGAAUUGUCAUGGUUUCCUGAUACAUUACCUGGAAUUGGAAGAAUUAGUUUUAUACCCUGGAAUAUUGAAACAGAAGUGCUUCCUCUCAUCUCCUCCUCUGUGUUGCCAAGAACUAUUUUUCCAACAAGUACCAUAUCUUUAGAAAAUUUUGGUACUUCUUGCAAAGGAUAUGCAUUAGCACAUACUCAAGAAGGAGAAGAGAAGAAGCAAACUUCUGGUACCUCAAACACCAGAGGAUCAAGACGAAAACCAGCAGCAACAACUCCUACAAGGAGAUCUACACGUAACACGAGAGCUGAACCAGUCAGUCAGUCUCAGAGGUCCCCAGUAUCAAAUAAUUCUGGGUGUGAUGCCCCAGAUAGUAAUAAUCCGUCUGUAAGUGUUUCCUCUUCAGGUGAGUCAGAAAAGCAAACAAGACAGGCUCCAAAACGGAAGUCUGUAAGAAGAGGAAGAAAACUACCUUUACUGAAGAAGAAACUUCGGAGCUCUGUACCUCCCCCUGAAAAAUCAUCUUCCAGUGAUUCAGUAGAUGAAGAAAUAGUAGAAUCUGACAUACCACCUGUGUUAGAGAAAGAACAUCAAUCAGAUGUAGAAAGUAGUAACACUGUGCAGAUAAAUGUAGAAAAUGAGUCUGCUAAUGGCUUGAGAAGUUGCGGUGAGCCAGUAGAAGAAAGUGAGGAACAUGGUGAGACCCACGAUACAGAGGAAAGAGUAGAAUCUGUAUAUUCUGAAUCUGGUACCCAAGAUCCUCCUGUGCUAGUUGGAGAGGAGGAGGAAAUUCAAAAAGUUGAGAAUACAGGUAUAGAGGCUAAUAUGUUAUGUCUGGAAAGUGAGAUUUCUAAGAAUACUUCUGAAAAAGGAGGUGACCCUUUGGAAAAUCAAGACCAAAUAGCUUUACCUUCAGAAUCAGAAGUAAAAGCUGAUGGAUGUACAGAUCAUCUUCCAAAUGAUUUUCUUACAUGUUCAGGAUCUGAAAUCGAAGUACACCAACGUAUAUCAAGCCUAGGUGAGAUCCCUGAGAAUGCAGAGUCAGCGGUUAAUGAAGACAACUUUAUGGGGAGUCCUAUAGUAAAAAUUAUUGAUCAUAAAGAUUCUACAGUAAAAACAGAACAUCUUAUUGACAGCCCCAAAUUAGAAUCUUCUGAGGGUGGAAUUAUACAAACAGUGGACAAAAAAUCUAUUGAGAGCUCAGAGGUUCAUUUGCUUGGGCAUGUUGAAAAUGAAGAUAUAGAAAUAAUUGCAACAUGUGAUACUUCAGGGAAUGAAAAUUUCAAUAGUAUUCAAGACUCUGAAAACAAUUUAUUAAAAAAAAAUCUUAACACCAAAUUGGACAAAUCUUUCGAAGAAAAGACUGAAUCUCUGGUUGAACAUCCCAGAUCUACAGAAUUGCCUAAAACACAUGUUGCACUGAUUCAGAAGCAUUUUAGUGAGGACAAUAAUGAAAUGAUACCUAUGGAAUGUGAUUCAUUUUGCAGUGACCAGAAUGAAUCUGAACUCGAACCGUCUGUAAGUGCUGAUGCUAAACAAUUGAAUGAAAAUUCUGUGGAGCACAGUUCCCAAAAGAAUAUGUCAUCUUCUGGUCCUUCAAAUGAAAAGGUUGAAACUGUGUCUCAGCCAUCUGAAAUCCCAAUAGAUACGAUAGAUAAAGCCAAAAAGCCUCGUACUCGAAGAUCUAGAUUUCAUUCUCCAUCUACAACUUGGUCUCCCAACAAAGACACUGCACGAGAAAAGAAGCGGUCUCAGUCUCCAUCUCCCAAAAGAGAAACUGGAAAAGAAAGCAGGAAGUCUCGAUCACCAUCUCCCAAGAAAGAAUCUGCAAGAGGACGGAGAAAAUCUCGUUCUCAGUCCCCAAAAAAGGACCCACGAGAAAGGAGGAAAUCUCAGUCUCGAUCUCCAAAAAGAGAUAGCACUAGGGAAGGCAAAAGAUCUGAAUCACUCUCCCCAAAAAGAGACACUUCUAGAGAGAACAGAAGGUCUCAGUCAAGACUGAAAGAUUCCUCCCCAAGAGAAAAAUCCAGGUCCCGGAGCAGAGAAAGAGAAAGUGAUAGAGAUGGGCCAAAGAGAGAUCGAGAUAGAGAAAGGAGAACCAGAAGGUGGUCUCGGUCCAGAUCUCGUUCUAGGUCACCAUCAAGAUCUAGAACAAAAAGUAAGAGUUCAUCAUUUGGUAGAAAUGACAGAGUCAGUUAUUCUCCUCGAUGGAAGGAAAGAUGGGCAAACGAUGGUUGGAGAUGUCCACGAGGAAAUGAUCGAUACAGAAAGAAUGACUCAGAGAAACAGAAUGAAAAUACAAGAAAAGAAAAAAAUGACAUCAGUCCAGAUGCUGAUGAUUCAGAUUCUGCUGACAAACAUAGAAAUGACUGUCCCAGUUGGGUAACAGAAAAAAUAAAUUCUGGGCCUGAUCCGAGGACCAGAAAUCCAGAAAAGUUAAAAGAUUCUCAUUGGGAAGAAAAUAGAAAUGAAAAUGCAGGGAAUUCUUGGAAUAAAAACUUUGGUUCAGGUUGGAUGUCGAACCGUGGUAGAGGUAACCGUGGCAGAGGCGCUUACAGAGGUGGUUUUGCCUACACAGAUCAAAAUGAAAACAGGUGGCAAAACCGAAAACCCCUCUCAGGGAAUUCAAAUAGUUCAGGGAAUGAGACUUUCAAGUUUGUGGAACAGCCCUAUAAACGGAAAAGUGAGCAAGAGUUCUCAUUUGAUACACCGGCAGAUAGGUCGGGGUGGACAUCUGCAUCUAGCUGGGCUGUGAGAAAGACUCUGCCAGCAGAUGUACAAAACUACUAUUCACGACGAGGGAGGAAUUCUGCAGGUCCACAGUCUGCAUGGAUGAGGCAAGAGGAGGAAACAACUGAACAGGAUUCUAACCUAAAAGACCAAACAAACCAACAAGGUGAUGGUUCUCAGCUACCUAUAAAUAUGAUGCAACCACAAAUGAAUGUAAUGCAGCAACAAAUGAAUGCACAACACCAGCCUAUGAAUAUCUUCCCAUAUCCAGUGGGUGUUCAUGCUCCUUUGAUGAAUCUCCAGCGCAAUCCGUUUAACAUUCAUCCUCAGCUGCCCUUGCAUCUGCACACAGGAGUACCUCUCAUGCAGGUAGCUGCUCCCACCAGUGUAUCUCAGGGACCACCACCACCACCACCCCCUCCCCCUCCAUCCCAGCAAGUCAGCUACAUUGCUUCACAGCCAGAUGGAAAGCAAUUGCAGGGUAUUCCUAGUGCUUCUCAUGUAAGUAAUAACAUGAGUACACCAGUCUUGCCUGCUCCGACAGCAGCCCCAGGAAAUGUGGGAACAGUUCAGGGACCAAGUUCUGGUAAUACUUCGUCAUCAAGUCACAGCAGAGCUUCUAAUGCUGCUGUAAAAUUGGCAGAAAGCAAAGUAAGUGUUACAGUGGAAGCCAGCGCAGAUAGCUCGAAGACAGACAAGAAAUUGCAAAUUCAAGAAAAAGCAGCACAGGAGGUAAAAUUGGCCAUUAAGCCAUUUUAUCAAAAUAAAGAUAUCACCAAGGAAGAAUAUAAAGAGAUUGUGCGGAAAGCGGUAGAUAAAGUUUGUCAUAGUAAGAGUGGAGAAGUAAAUUCUACUAAAGUGGCAAAUCUGGUUAAAGCCUAUGUAGACAAAUACAAAUAUUCACGGAAGGGAAGCCAAAAGAAAACUCUGGAAGAACCUGUGUCUGCUGAUAAAAACAUAGGCUGAAGUGGGGAGCACUAUAAAGGACACUAUCAAGAUACCUGCAAAGUGCAAUUUCAACAUGUACCUUUAAUGGAAAAUCAUACGUAACUGUGAUUGAAAUUUGGUUUUGAUAAAAUUAUUUUUUUUAAUGUAGGAUAUAAUGUUUUGCUCUAAAUAAAUAUAGUUCUGCACCGCAACUUCUAUAUCUUUUCCUCCCUUCCACCCCCCCCCAAAAAAAAACAAAUUCAAGGGAAAGUAAAGGGGUUAAAGGAAUGUGCAUUUUUACAAGGACUGUGUUAUAUUGUGGAUACUGGAAGAAGAUGUACAGCUCUUUGAUUUGAACAGUGGAGUGCAUAAAUGAACUUCUGAGUGCACUGGUUUUGGAAGAGAUAUAUAUAGUACAUUUAUUCUGUCAGGCUAAAAAUAAAGUAUGAUCUUUAUGAUUUUUCUCUCUAAUUAUACAAAGAUAAAUAAUGUAUUACCAUGAAAAAUAUUUCUAAUAACAGAACAUACCAAUUGCAGGGUUCCUACUGUGUAUUUUUAAAGCACACAUCUGAGUAAAUUGCUUAGAUAGAAAACAAAUUAUCACACGAGUAAAAUUCAGUGUUCAAAACUUUAGAACACUGUUCACCUGUUGUAUCACCAAAUAAAGGUUAUGCUGCUUGGUUUUCUUUUGUGCCUUUUUUUCCCCCAGUUGAGAUGAAGCAAUUUGAUUUGCUAGAUUUACAACUUCGGCAGUCUGAGCUCUGUUGAAUUUAGAAGACCUGUUUGGAGAAAGUGUUGACUUUGUAGAAAUUAUGUUCUUCCAUAACAUCUUCUACUUAUCAGAGAUGGUAAAUUGAUUGUGCCAAUUGGAGAAUUGCUUUUAAGUAGUGACCCUCCCUUCCCUGUGGCUACGGUAGAAUCAUGACAUUUGCUUCAGUGGCUUUCAGAUUGUUGCUCAUCUGACUAAGUACUAAUGAAAUUCUUCUCGCAUUUUAGAAAUCUCCAAAUGCUUUACAGUGAAUAAAGUGUUAAUUUGGUGACCAUUUGGUGGCCAUUAACCAUGUUGCAAAAUUCUAGAUAUUAAAACCGGUGUUUUGGAAAAAGGAGAGGAAUUAAAUAAUGGAGUCUUGGUUAGGCUUUCAGGGACUAGAGAUUGGUUUUUUUUUUAGUACUAUUUUUAUUAAAGGUAAGUUUAAAAUGUUCUAGCCUUAUUAUUUUAUUUGGCAUCUUGGAAGAAAAAAUGGAUUAUUUCCAUGAUAAACUGUUUCAUUCCAGUAACAGUUUUCAAUAGAUACCAAAUGAUUGGAAGGCACUUCAGAUAAGAUCUUAAUGGCACAAAGAUGGAUCUGUGCCUCAGUGAGACAGACUGACCCUUGUUCUAGCUAAAUAGUGAAAGCAAUACUCUUUAGGACUGUGCUUUUCUGAAGUAAAGAUUAUCUGUUUCUCAAUUUUAUGUGUAUAAUACUUUCCUGGUGCUAGCUUUGAUAGGCGAAUUUUGAAAUAUUGGCCCCAGUAAUGAUUGGGCUAGUUCAUAAUCUAUUAGAUUAUGAGUAUAAUCCCAAAAGUGGUAGAAAUAUUUCCAAGCAGUUUCUGAUCUUUAUUCUGCAUUUCUGGGCAUUUGUAAUAUGGUAUUCUACUGAUUUAUAUAUAUUUUUAAUUAAAGUUUGUGUUUAGGUUAUGAUGGGGAAAGAGUUUUGGAAGUAUAUUUCUUCUAAUAAAAUAUUAAGACAGUGUUUUAAAUAUCAAUGCACACCUCAUUUGUUUCAGUUUUGAACUCUAGAAACAAUUGUGUGAAUUUUUAAUCUAUUUUGGGUUAAAGCUGGUUCACAUUUAGAAAAUUUUGUAGCAAAUUGCCUAAAUUGAUUAAUCACACAACAUAUUUUUCCGACAUUUUCUUUCAGUGACAUUUGGGAGUUGGAUGACAGUUUAAAAUUUGCUUUAUACUGUUUAGCUUGUGCAAACAUGUUUAAAAGUUUUGAAGAAAAACAGGUGGUGUGGUCAAGAGUUAAAAGUCUCGCAUCUUUGGUAGCAGUGCUAAGAAUUAAUUCCACCUUUCUUGAAUAACAACAGUGUACUACUCUGUAUCUGGUUGGGGUACUGGUUGGCCUGCAAUUGAAAUAGCUAGUGAAGAAUAUUACUGGACUAGAAUCAACUUUGAAAUAUUUAAGAAUGUAUUAGAAAGUGCAUGCUUUAUGUUAAAAAAAUACAUUGCUUUUUAACAUUUCCCAUUCUUGCUUUUAUCAGAAAUUUACAUUAAUUUUGCAUGUGCACAAACUUAAAAACAUUUUGUGGGGUUACAGAUUCCUCUUGUUAUUUAUGAAGAUUCAGUAUUAACUUUUGAAACCUUGGUCUCUUUAACUUCCUAGUCACAUUGACUGAUGUUUUAGGCUAUAGUGACGCCUAGAAUUUUGAGACUAAAAUUAGUUAUUUUAACAUUCCAAAAUUUUUGAUUUUUCUCCUCUGGUAAUUAUAUUUUUUCCAUCAUUUUCCUUUAAAUGGCCACAGUGUGUACUGCUUGAACGUUCCAUCCAAAAGAUGUAGCUUCACGAGCACAGUGCUUGCUCCAUGGUCCGUGAGACGUUGUUUGUAGUAUGAGGAUGGAGUGCUGUCUACUGAAACAAUACUCUUAUUAAACAGAUAUGUAGUAUGUAAUAUUUUCUAAUAAAUUCUUUUGAUAAACAAAGUAGUGUCUUUAACAUUUUAUCAUUAAGAUUCCUGGGAAAUGGUGACUUUCACCACAUAAGCUCUUUCCAAACAUGUGUUGCAGUAUUUCUUGGAUUUGUACCAAAGUAGUUAGGCUUAGCAUCGCAGUUAACGUAAAUGUCCAAGUUGUAAAGCAAGGGGAGUUAGCUGUAAGCAUGUAUUUUAGUAGCAUUUUUUCCUAAUUACAUAUCAUUGUAGGAAAUUAGAAAAGCUAAUUUAGUAAAUUAAAAAAUCUGUAAAAGAAGGAAGAAACCUAAAAACAAAAGGAGAAAAAUAGCCUGUAAUCCUACCACUUAAAGGUAACAACUAUUAAC